AUGGCUUCAGAGGGAGCAUCUCCAUUGCCAGGACCAGAUAUGAGCAUGAAACCUAGUGCCAGCCAGUCUCCAUUCCCUGUACUUCCCUUUCCCCCACCGACUUCUGGCCUGACAGACCACCCACCUGGGGAGCCACCUCCACAGCCCACCAUGCCUUCAGUAUUCUCUCCAGACAACCCUCUGAUGCUCUCUGCUUUCCCCAGCUCACUGUUGGUGACAGGGGAUGGGGGUCCUUGCCUCAGUGGGGCUGGGGCUGGGGCUGGCAAAGUCAUUGUCAAAGUCAAGACAGAAGGAGGAUCAGCUGAGCCCUCUCAGACUCAGAACUUUAUCCUUAAUCAGACUGCGCUCAAUUGGAUUACCCCGGGCGCUCCCUGUGGGGGCCUUGAGGGUCCUGCACCUCAAUUUGUGACAGCAUCUAAUGUGAAGACUAUUCUGCCCUCUAAGGCUGUUGGUGUUAGCCAGGAGGGCCCCCCAGGCCUUCUGCCUCAGGCUCCACCACCAGUUGCUCAACUGGCUCCCAUUGUACCCCUGGAAAAAGCUUGGCCAGGGCCACAUGGGACCGCGAGGGAAGGAGGUACUGUGGCCACUCUAUCCAAGCCAUCACUAGGUGGCUGCUCCAAAAUUUCCAAGGACGUUUAUGAGAACUUCCGUCGAUGGCAGCGUUACAAAGCCUUGGCCCGGAUGCACCUAUCCCAAAGUCCUGACACAGAAGCUCUUUCCUCUGUGCAGGAAUAUGUUGACAUCAUGGAAGAGCUGGUGGGAACUCACUUGGCCACUGGGGAGUCAGAUGGAAAACAGGAAGAGGAAGAAGGGCAGCGGCAGGAAGAGGAAGGGAUGUAUCCAGAUCCAGGUCUUCUGAGCUACAUCAACGAGCUGUGUUCUCAGAAGGUCUUUGUCUCCAAGGUGGAGGCUGUCAUUCACCCUCAAUUUUUGGCAGAUCUGCUGUCCCCAGAAAAACACAGAGAUCCCUUGGCCUUAAUUGAGGAGCUAGAGCAAGAAGAAGGACUCACUUUUGCCCAGCUGGUCCAGAAGCGAUUCUUGGCCUUGGAAGAGGAGGAAGAUGUGGAGGCGUCUCCAGGUUACAGUGGAGCUCAGCUGGAGUCAAGUCCUUCUGUUUCUGAUGAGGAUGAAGAUGGGGGUGGGCGGUUUCAGCCCUCACCUCGGCUUCAGGGGGCUGGGGGCGCCGUUCGCCUCGGAAAGACUUCUUCUUCAGGAAAACGGGCAAGAGAAGUGCAUGGUGGGCAGGAGAGAUCCCUAGAUAGCCCCAGAGAGAUGCACAGGGAUGGGAACACACUGCCAGCCCCCAGCAGCUGGGACCUGCAGCCAGAACUUGCAGCUCCACAGGGCACUUUGGGAUCCUUGGGUAUGGAGAGGAGAAGGUCUGGGAAGGUUAUAAACCAGGUACCUCCACAUCAGGAUGGCCACCUAGGAGGUGCUGGGUCUCCUGGGCACUGCCUGGUGGCUGAUAGGACUUCAGAGGCUCUGCCCUUUUGCUGGCAGAAAAGCUUCCAGCCCAAGAGCGCUCCCAGUUUGGAUGUUGGACUUGCAGAGCUGGCUCCUCUGCAAGGACAAGGGUUAGAAAAGCAAAUCCUGGGAUUGCAGAAAGGAGAACAAACGGGGGCUUGUGGAGUGUUUCCUCAAGGGAAGGAGCCUUUGGCAGUGCCCCAGGAAGGCUCUUCAGGAGCCAUGUGGGGAGAUGACAGAGGUACCCCCACAGCUCAGAGUUAUGAUCAGAAUCUUUCCCUUAGGGCAGCUGGGGACAAGGACGAAGUCUCUGUUAGCCCAGGACUCUGGCUGAGCAGUGGGAUGGAUACUGCAGGCUUGGAGCUGUCCAUACAAAUAGAAGAGGUCAUAGAGAGCUUCCAAGUUGAGGAGUGUGCAACUGAGUAUCAGGAAGGCUGCCAGGGACUGGGCUCCAGGGGCAUUUCCCUGGGUCCUGGAGAAGCCAUAGUACCUGGGGACACAGACAGCAGUGUGAUUCCCUGUGGAGGCACAGUUGCAACAGCUGCCCUAGAAAAGGGAAAUUAUUGCAGCUUGCCAGGACCUUUGAGGGCCAACAGCUUGACCUCGAGGUCCAAAAAAAAUCGAGAACAAAGCCAUGAAACCAUAGGGGAUCCCAAUGAUCUGUGGGCAGAAGGUUGCUUGCCAUUGCUGGAAAGCAGAAUUGGUGGUUCCACACUGGGGUCUGCCAAAGAAACCCUCCAGGCCACAUGCCAAGGCAAUCUCCUUAUCAUGGGGACCCAGGAUACCUCCUCCUUGCCUGAAGCCAGUCAAGAGGCAGGGAGCAAAGGCAAUUCCUUUUCUCCUCUGUUGGAAACUCCAGAACAGGUCAACAUACUAGAUGUUAAAUAUGACUAUGGCCUCCAACGAAGGGUCAGCGAGGACACCCGCCCACUGAAUGUUCAUUCUUAUGACCCUGAAGGAGAAGGUGGGGUGGAUCCUGAUCUAUCCAAGCCUAAAAACCUUGCUGCUUUACAAGACAGUCAGGAGUCUUACACAACUGGGACCCUCAAAGCAACAUCUCACCAGGGCCUUGGAAGCACUUCCCCUAGAUGGGGAACCAGGGAUGCCAUAGUUCUGAGAGAAACUUCUGUUAGUAAAACACAUAGGUCAGCAGAUAGGACCAAAAGAAAGGGGAAAAAGAAGGGGAAGGAAACAGAGGAAGAGGAUGAGGAACUCUCCAACUUUGCUUAUCUCUUGGCCUCUAAACUUAGCCUCUCACCAAGGGGGCGUCCUGUCAGUCCUCACCAUACCUCAGGAGGUCAGGGCAGGCAGAGAGCAUCCCACCUGCUCUCUUCUGAGGCAAGAGGCUCCAGCAAACCACCAAAUUCAGUUGCCAAGUCUGGGAAGCGAGCUCUAGUUGGAGGUCCAGCCCCUACUGAAAAGAGACCCCACUCAGGAGCUCAACUUGGGGUCCGCGGGGAGAAACCCCUAGCUCUGGGAGUAGUUCGACCCUCAAAGCCUCGUAAAAGGCGGCGUGACAGUUUUGUCACGGGCAGAAGGAAGAAACGACGUCGUGGGCAGAAGGAAGAAACGACGUCAUAGCCAGUAGGGAGCAGCAGGACCAUCUGACCCCACUUGCCAGUCCCUAAAGGUGGGUGCCCCAGAGUAGAUUCCACCCACUGCUGCUCACCGAUGGAGAAUCCCAAUGUUGAAUCUCAGCCCAAUGUUGUUUUGUUGUUCUGCAAAAGUGGCAAGCAUGGAGAGGAGAGGUCAGACUGGCUAGGCUGCAGGGGGAAUUACCUUUGGAAGGAGUUAUAUAGAAAAAAAAAAAACGAAUAAAGUUUUUU